GAAAUUGUGAUUGCUACACCUGGCCGCCUACUCGAUUUCCUAGAGCGGGGCGUAACCAACUUGCGCCGUUGUACUUAUCUAGUAUUGGAUGAGGCUGAUCGCAUGCUAGAUAUGGGAUUUGAACCACAAAUUCGGCGUAUAAUAAAGCAGAUUCGCCCAGAUCGUCAAGUGUUAAUGUGGUCGGCGACAUGGCCAAAAGAAGUGCGCAAUCUUGCUGAAGAAUUCCUUGAUAACUAUAUACAGAUUAACAUUGGCUCACUAACACUUUCAGCCAAUCACAAUAUACUUCAAAUAGUAGAUGUGUGCGAAGAGAAUGAGAAAGAUAAUAAGCUCAUAAAGCUUUUGUCGGAAAUUUCUGCCGAAUCCGAAACGAAGACAAUUAUCUUCGUGGAGACAAAGAAACGCGUCGAUGAAAUAACCCGUACUAUUGGGCGUAGUGGAUGGCGCGUGUGUGCUAUUCAUGGCGACAAGUCGCAACAAGAGCGUGAUUUUGUUUUGUCGUCAUUUCGUAAUGGACGGCACUCAAUUUUGGUAGCAACCGAUGUGGCUGCACGCGGCCUAGAUGUUGACGAUGUUAAAUUCGUAAUUAAUUACGAUUAUCCUUCGAAUUCGGAGGACUACGUGCAUCGCAUCGGGCGUACAGGGCGCUCGAACAAUACGGGAACGGCAUACACCUUGUUUACCACUUCAAACGCCAACAAAGCUAAUGACUUGAUACAAGUGCUGCGCGAAGCUAAUCAGGUCAUCAAUCCACGACUUGUUGAGAUGGCAUCAUCUUCGGGCUAUAAUAAUAAACGCAACUCGCGUGGUGGCUAUCAGAAUCGUGGUGGUAUGGGUGGUGGUGGUGGCUACGGCAAUCGCGGUAAUCGCUCUUAUGGUAACAAUGCUGGCGGCAUGGGUGGCGCUCAAUCAUAUCAGCAGCGUCCACCACAAAUAGCUAAUGGUGGCCAAAUGUAUCAACGUCCGAGUGGACCACCUUCUCGAUUCUCAGCCGCUCCUCAAGCUGGCUACGAACGCAACCAGCACACCGGUGCCAAUAAGCCUUAUGGUGCCGGUGCUGGAGCCGAAGGUGGUGAUAAGCGACGUUUCAAUCCCCAGCAACAACCGCCACAGCAGUCUUUAGGUUAUCAGCAGCAACCCCCGCGCAUGUCAUAUGGAGGCAAUAAUGCACACCAUCAACCGCCGCCAAAUCACCGGGCGGCAGGCAGUGCUUCUGCUGGUGCAUCCGGAAUGUACGCACAUGCACCUCCUUCUCAUCAUUCAGGAGGCAGUAACUAUGCCGUUCCCUCUGGAUUUGGAGCGGCGUCCGGCAAUAAUAUGUUUGCUUAUCCCCCGCCCCCAUUGCCCGCGCAAAACUAAAAACCCAUACUAUAGAAGUAAUUUUAACAUCAUCAGUAAUUUAAAACGUAAUGAAUUAACUUCUGCACUUGGCAUUUGAUUAGAUUAAAUUAUGUUAUUCUUGUGUGUGUGUUGUACUAAUGUACGCCAAGUCAUAGUACGCAAGUGUUUUGUAGCAUGACGGAUAUUUGAAGGAGAUCCGCACUGCAAUGCUUCAGUUCAACUUAAACGUACCGGAAAUACUACUUGUUUGGGUGGUUGUUUUGGUUCAACAUUUAUUUCUAAGCUGUGCAUUUCUUUUACUUUACAUCUUAUUUGAUUGUAUUGUUGUUGUCUCUGUUUCCUUUUUUUUUUAUAAUUUACACAUCUUUACACCGCAACUUCGUGACAACGGGCUUUUCCAAAGUUCUUGCGCAAGCCUGCACUAAUUUUUAUUUAAUUUUUGAAACUUUUGCAAGAAGUGUUUUUUUUAACCGAAUUGGAACUAUGAUUGUUUCCAAUGCAGAGGUUUUAUCUCCAGUAUAGAUCACGGCUAUGUCAUCGAGCAUACAGCUAUAUUCAUUACAUCAACAUAAAUGAUCACGUUCAUCAAACUUUAAAAAUAAAUGCUAGUUAUUACAAUAUAUUAACAUAGUUGAAGUGAAUUGUAUUCCUUGGAUUUUAAUGGAUAUAUUAAUGUUUACGUACCAUAAAAUUUAAACAAAU